GUUGGGAAAAUAACAUCAGCAGCAAGCGGGGGAUAAAUUUUGGGAAUUGACUGAUAGAGACCAGUGAGGACAAUGUUGCUUUGUUGUGAGAUGUGAUAAAUUGUUAAGUCUGGUGGUUAUAGAAGUGGAUUUGAGAGUUGACAAUUAAAAGAUGUUUUUUUUAACUUUCUAUCUUCAUAUUCAGUCAAUUCCUGAAAUGUAGACAGAAAAAUAGAAAUAAAUGAAUAUUUCUUAAUCAUUUUUAUUGACAUUUUGACCCAGUUUCAUAGGGUUUGGCUUUAGGUAUCCUUAGAUUUAUUGUUUGAGCGGUAUGUUGUAUAAGGACCAGUUUCUAAAGCUACAAGGAAUAGGAAAGAGGGGAAGAAAAAAAAAGAAAUCAACUGAAAAACAGGAGUCAGAGAGUCUGGAAAAUGUAACUUAAGUAAACUUUAUUUUUUGGCCUAACAGGCAGCACUUUAAAAGUAUUUCUCAGCUGUUGACUUUGAAAAAUAAUUACUUUGCCUACUUUGGAGCUUGUAGACAGCCAAGAUGGAUAAGGAAAUUAUGGUUUCCUUUAACUUGUUGCACAGCCAGGCUGACCUACUUCUGUAGCGAAGAGCAGAUGGAAAGAGUGUGGCCAAAUUCAUCAUCACUGAUAAAAAAGCUUCAGGGUGUACGAUCAAUUUUGCCUAGGUGAGAAGCACCAGCUUUUAAAUUUUUAUUAUUUUUCAGUAGGUAACACAUUCAAAGAGUUUAAAAUUCAAAAAAGCACAAAAGAAUAUGGAAUGAAAAUCACUCAUUCAUCCUGUCCCACAGACAGCCCGGUUCCCCCCAGUAGCAAUUUCUUAUUUAUCCUUGCAGAGUUACUUUAUGCAUAUGCAGCAAAAGAUACAUUUUUCCCUUUUUAAUGCAAAUAUUAGCAUACUACACACACUGCUUUGCAUGUUUUUUGUUGUUGUUCUUCUUUCACUUAAUAUAUUUUAAAGAUGACUCCAUAGCAAUACAUAAAGAACAUCCUCAUUAAUAAUUAUGGCUGCCAAUGGCACAGUUUGUGCUCUACUGCUAACCUAAAGUUUGGUGCUUCGAACCCACCCAGUGGUACUGCAGAAGAAAAGUCCUGGUGGUCUCCUUCUCUAAAGAUUACAGCUGAGAAAACCCUACGGAGCACAGCUCUACUCCGUAACACACGGGGUCACCACGUGUCAGAACUGACUUGAUGGCAUCUAACAACAACAACAGUAUUCCACGGUAUAAUCCACAAAACUAAUCCCAUCGCCAUCGAGUCACUUCUGACUACUAACAAUUUUGUAGCAACCCUAGUGGCACAGUGGUUAAGAGCCUGGCUGCUAACCAAAAAGUUCAGCCGUUUGAAUCUACCUUGGAAACCCUAUGGGGCAGUUCUACUCUAUUCUAUAGGGUCGCUGUGAGUUCCACGGUAUAGAUGUACAAUAAUUGUUUUAACUAAACUCCUAUCAACGGGUCUUGAGAAUGCUUCUAACCUUUUGUUAUUUUAAUCAUGCUGCAAUGAAAAACCUUGUAAUUAGCACUUAUAUAGAUUUAUUCAUAAGGUUAAUACCUAAAUAAAUAAUAUACACAAUCUGGCCAAUAGCUGAGUCAAAGAAUAUGUGAUCUUCUAUUUUUGACAUGUAUUGACAAAUUGUCUUCUAUAGUUGUUUUGUUAAGUGCCGUCCAGAUAGUUCAAGUCAUAGCACCUCCACGAACAACAGAACAAAACAUUGCCCGGUGCUGCGCCAUCCUCACAGUCGUCGUUUUGCCUGAGCCCAUUGUUGCAGCCACUGUGUCAAUCCAUCUAUUUAAGGAUCUUCCUCUUCUUCGCUGACCCUCUACUUUAUCAAGCAUGAUGUCCUUCUCCAGGGACUGGUCCCUCCUGAUAACGUGUCCAAAGUAUGUGGAGCAAAGUCUCACCAUCCUUGCUCCUAAGGAUCAUUCUGGCUGUACUUCUUCAAAGACAGAUUUUUUUCAUUCUUCUGGCAGUCCAUGGUGUAUUCAAUAUUCUUCACCAACACCAUAAUUCAAAGGCAUCAAUUCUUGAAUCUUCCUUUUUCAUUUUCCAGCUUUUGCAUGCAUAUGAGGCAAUUGAAAAUACUAUGGCUUGGUCAGGUGCUCCUUAGCCCUCAAAGUGACAUCUUUGCUUUUUAACAACUUAAAGAGGUCUUUUGCAGCAGAUUUGCCCAAUGCAAUACAUCAUUUGAUUUCUUGACUGCUGCUUCCAUGGUUAUUGAUUGUGGAUCCAAGUAAAAUGAAAUUCUUGUAAACCUCAAUAUUUUCUCCACCUAUCAUGAUGUUGCCCUAUUGGUCCAAUUGUGAGAAUUUUUUGUUUUCUUUAUGCUGAGGUGUAAUCCACGCUGAAGGAUAUAUUCUUUAGUCUUCGUCAGUAAGUGCUUCAAGUCCCUUUCACUUUCAGCAAGCAAGGUUGUGUCAUCUGCAAAUCCCAGGUUGUUAUGAGUCUUCCUUCAGUCCUGAUGCCCCAUUCUUCUUCACAUAGAUCCGCGGCUCUGACUGGUCAGCAUACAGUUUAAAUAAGUGUGGUGAAAGGAUACAACCCUGACGCACACCUUUCCUGAUUUUAAAUCACGCAGUAUCCUCUUGUUCUAACAACUGCCUCUAGGUCUAUGUACAGGUUCCUCAUGAACACAAUUAAGUAUUCUGGAAUUCCCAUUCUUAAGAAUGUUAUCCACAAUUUUUUAUGAUCCACACAGUCUAAUGCCUUUGCAUAGUCAAUGACAGUUCCCUCUCGCUGUAUGCUAUAACCACAAAAUUUUACUUGCGUGAGAUAUUAAUGAUAUUGUUUGAUAAUAUCUGCAUUCUGUUGGAUCACCUUUCUUUGGAAUGGGCACAAAUAUGGAUCUCUUCCAGCCAGUUGGCCAGGUAGUUGUCUUCCAAAAUUUUUGGCAUAGACAAGUAAGCACUACCAGCCCUAGCAUCUGUUUGUUGAAACAUCUCAAUUGAUAUUUCAUUAAUUCCUGGAGCCUUGUUUUUCACCAAUGCCUUCAGUGAAGCUUGAAGUUCUUCCUUCAAUACUAUUGAUUUUUGAUCCCAUGCCACCUCCUGAAAUGGCUGAACACCCACCAAUUCUUUUUGGUACCCAACCAACCCCCACCAGUGCCCUCAAGUCAUGGCACAGUGACUCUGAAUUCCUUCCAUCUUCUUUUGAUGCUUCCUGGGUCAUUUAAUAUUUUCCCUAUAGAAUCCUUCAAUAUUUCAACUCAAGGCAUGAAUUUUUUCUUCAGUUUUUUCACCUUGAGAAUUGCUGAGCCCGUUCUUCCCUUUUGGUUUUCUAACUCCAAGUCUUUGUACAUUUCAUUAUAAUACUUUAUUUUGUCUUUGCAAGCUGCUCUUUGAAAUCUUCUGUUCGUCUCUUUUACUUCAUCAUUUCUUUUGUUCACUACAGCUACUCUACGUUCAAGGGCAAGUUUCAGAGUCUCUUCUGACAUCCAUUUCGGUCUUUUCUUUCUUUCCUACCUUUUUAAUGACCUUUGCUUUCUUCAUAUGUGAUGUCUUUGAUGUCUUCCCACAACUUACCUGGUCUUCAGUCAUUAGUGUUCAGUGCAUCAAAUCUGUACUUGAGAUGGUCUCUAAAUUCAGGUGGGAUAUACCCAAAGUCAUAGAUGGACUCUCGUGAACUUGUAAUUUUCUUCAGCUUCAACUUGAGCUUGCAUAUGAGCAAUGAUGGUCUGUUCCGCAGUCAGCCCGUGGCCUUGUUCUGACUGAUGAUAUUGAGCUUCUCCAUUGUUUCUUUCCACAAAUGUAGUCAAUUUGAUUCCUGUGUAUUCCAUCUGGUGAGGUCCAUGUGUGUAGUUGCCAUUUACGUUGUUGAAAAAAUGUAUUUACAAUGAAUAAGUCGCUGGUCUUGUAAAAUUCUAUCAUGGGCUCUCCGGCAUUGAUUCUGUCAACAAGGCCGUAUUUUCCAACUACUCAUCCUUCUUCUUUGUUUCCAACUUUUCCAUUCCAAUUGCCAGUAAUUAUCAAUGCAUCAUGGUUGCAUGUUAGAUCAAUUUGAGACUGCAGAAGCUGAUAAAUAUCUUCAAUUUCUUCAUCUUUGGCCUUAGUGGUUGGUGAGUAAAUUUAAAUAAUAAUCAUUCAUAUUAAUUUUGGGUUUUAUAGGCAUAUGGAUGUUUCUGACAGAAUUGUACUUCAGGAUAGAUCUUGAAAUGUUCUUUUUGGUGACAAAUGCAACACCAUUCUUCUUCAACUUGUCAUUCCUGGCAUAGUAAACCAUGUGAUUGUUCAAUUCAGAAUAACCAAUACAAGUCCAUUUCAACUCACUAAUGCCUGGGAUAUUGAUCUUUAUGUGUUUUAUUUCAUUUUUGAUGACUUCCAAUUGUCCUAGAUUCACACUUUGUACAUUCCACAUUCCUGUUAUUAGUGGAUGUUUAUAGCUGUUUCUUCUCAUUUUAAGUUGUGCCACAUCAGCAAAUGGUGUUCCUGAAAGCUUUAUUUCAUCCAUGUCAUUAAGGUCAGCUGUACUUUGAGGAGGCAGCUCUUCCCCAGUUGUAUUUUGAGUGACUUCCUACCUGAGGGGGUUCUCUGUAGAAGUUGUACAAAUUUGCACUCUCAUAGGUAAAGUAUGAGAUGCACUCUCCUUGACUUGAGAGCAGAAUGCCAUAUCUGUAGGGUAUUUGCUUUGGUGUGGUCAGAAUUAAAAGGAAGAAAUUAUAACACUGAGUUCAUUGAAAUUAUAACAAAAGGAAUUGCUUUCAUUCUAAGGAUGUUUCUUUUUAUUAAAGAUGAAUACUGUAGAUCAGUGGUUCUCAACUGGGGGCAAGCCACCUCCCGCCUCCCCUUGGAAAUAUUGAGCAAUGUCUGCAGACAUGUUUGAUUGUAAAACUGGAGGGGAGGAAGAUGAAAUUAAUGAUUUGCUGGAGCUCCUCAAGGACAUGAAUGUGUCUUAUUUAUACUGUAUCCCAUGUAUCUGGAACAAAGAAGGCACCAGCUUAUUAAAUGAAUGAAUAGAUGUUAACAGUAGUUUGUAAUUGUCCAUGUGUGAUUUAAGGGAUUAUUUAUUUUAAAUCAAAGACAAUUCUUUUUUACUCUUAUUUGCUUCACUUAUAAUUUCAAAUGUCCAUUUUUCUUUAGACUUACAAAGGCAAUUUUUCUAGCCUACAAAACUGUUGUACAAGGAAAUGUCAAUUGAAUAAGAAAUAUCGGCCUUCCCCCUGACUGAAACUUCUUUAAAGAGUAGUUUAUUACCACAGCGUUAGGCACUUAAUUAUAUACUAUCUCAUUCACUUAUACCUUCUUAUUGAAUUCAUCUUGUCUCCUCAAAUGGAUUGAAAAUCUAAUCAAAGCUUUUAUGUACCUCACGGUGCAUAACUUAACGUUUUGCAGACUGUAAAGCAAAGCAGUGACAGGUUGUUUGAUUCUCAUUCUUUUUUAUCAUAACUCACAGGUGAAAUUGAAAGGAGAUCUUGACCUCAGCAAAGGAACUGCUCAUUCUCAAGAGCCUAAAAAUAAUAAUAAUAAUAAUGCAUUGCCUUCUAGCUGAUUCCAACUCACAGCGACCCUAUGCGACAGAGUAGAACUGCCCCAUAGGGCUUCCAAGGAGCUGCUGGUGGAUUCAAACUGCUGGCCCUUUGGCUAGCAGCUUGAGCUCUUAACCACUGUGCCACCAGGGAGCAGAGCACCCUAAAUUCUCUGAGGAGUUCAGUUCCUCCUUAAAAUAGCAAAAGUGUGGCACAACAGAAGAUAUAGAUCACAAGAUCCUAGAAGUUUACUUCAUAACUUUGCCUUUUCCCAACUUUCUCUGUGCUCCCUAGGAGCAGAAGAGCCCAACUGACCACUGCUCCCUUUUCAUAUCCUUCCAUCAACCACAAAUACCACCACCAGAUGCUUUCCCAUCAUUCAGUAUGAUUAAAGCCUUAGGUGUGGGAACCAGAGGAGAGAAUUCUUACUGGUUUCCGACAUGAGCAAAAAGCAGAAAUCACUAAUAAGCUUUCAGCCUCCUGCUGGGUAGCAAGAGUCUCCAACUUAGGUGCCAACCUCCACAGCUGUGAACUGCCUCUGCCAGGAGAAAGCAGGUGGAGUGGAGGCCUGGUUUUAAGGAGAAACCAGAAGGGGUUUUGGGGGAAGCAACAGGAUCAGCAAGGUCAGGGAGGAACUAAGCAAGGACAAGAAUACUUGCCUGUAAGACUAAUUUGGUGCUAAAUAUAAAAAAAAUACCCUGCAGAAAAUUGGGAUGCAGGCAAGCUUUAAUCAUAGCUAACACAGAAUUUUAAAAUGCAAAUGUAAAAAAAAAAAAUGCCAAUGAACUACUUAGUUUACCUCUAUUAGCUUGUUGUUUAACCACCAUUUAGCCCUCAGAUUCUUUUGCAUUCUCUUUGCAUUUAAAAUAAGCUUGCAAUUGAAAUCCUUCAAAGCCCAGCAGUAAAGGGAAGAAAAUAUUCAGCUUUAAUUAUCUGUCUGGCAAGGCAAGUAGAUGAUAGGAACCAGCUUGAUGAGAGAAGGUAAAAAUAACAAAACCUAAACAUUCCAAAGGCAUUUUCUCUCCAGAAGGCCUCAAAUUAAAAAAAAAGAAAAGAAAACUUAUUUUAGGAAUUUUUCAGCCGCAGCUUUGACGUUUGGCCAUGAAUUAUCUCCACAGAUGGGGAAAUUGAGUUCUUAAAGGGUUAAUUUCUGAAUCAUUAAUUUACCAGAGAGAGAACCCAAAAAUCCACAUCUCUCCCAAGAUCUUCUAAAAAGAAGAGAGCUUGUUUUUAUGUUAAUUUUCAAGUUAACUAAAAGUUACUUCUUUAAAUGAUCGUCUUUAGACUGGGCAUUGGGGGACAUAUAUAGAAAACUAAUUUAAAUGUUGGACCAUUUAAGAUGGACUCUCUAGAAUAUAUAAAGCAAAAAUUCUGCCUUCUUAGAUAAUGAUGCCAAAAUAAUAAUUUUUUAAAACAGUAAUAACUCAUGAUUAAGUAUCUGUUAUCUUCCAAGAACCACGCCAAGUGUUUAACUUACAUUAGUUCAUGAAAAUGUCCCUAGGUGGUGCAAACGGUUUGUGCUCAACUACUAACCAGAAAGUUGGCGGUUCAAACCCACCCAGUGGUGCUGCAAAAGAAAGGCCUGGGAAUCUGCUGCCGUAAAGAUUAUAGCCAAAAAAACCCUAUGAAACUCAGUUCUACUCUGUAACACACAGGGUCACCAUGAGUUGGAGUGACUGGAUUACAACAGAUUGAUUCUUCCGGGGAAUCAUCCCUGACUGUGUCUUCAUUGCGAGCUACAACUGUUUCCUAGUUCCACACAAUUCGAGGGAAAACUCUGCAGUUUUCCUAAAGAGAAAUUCCAUGGGGACUGUACCUGACCCUCUGAGAUCGGCUAAAACUUCCCUGAUUGCUGCUUCUGGAAAAGAAGAGGACCUAGGAGAGGUGAGAUCUGCAGCAUCUCAGCACAGACCAGCUCUCCUGUGUAAGAAUACCAAUGGCCUUUCAGGGGCUCCUGCAGAAGCAGUCCUCAGUCCCAGGGCAGUGGCUGAGGCCCUAAUGCAGGCUUGUGAGCAUGAGACCACCCAGCCAGACAUGUCUGCUCCUUGUGUCUUCAGUGAGGUGGAGAAAGCGCUUCCUACACUCAACUCUCCUGGUAACCCCCAGCAGCCAGGAAGCAGCAUGCCCACAGCACCAGCCCUCAGUUCCACAGCAGGAAAGGAUCUUACACAGGUGUCAUUUACCAUGCCAGCCAAUCAGUGCACCAACCAGGCCACCUUGGCUGACCAGCUCCAGGCCAGCCUCUCAUCUGUACCUGAACACCCCCAAGUGAAGUCACAGAGAACCUCAGGUGGAGAGCAACUUGAGAAGUCAGGAUGUCCUGCGGAAGACAGCCCUGGCAGCAGCAAAGAUCAAGUGCCCUAUGAUUUUCCUUCUCAAGAAACAAUCCAGGGAACGGUGCAAACUCCAAAUGCCGCAACCCCAGUGUGCAGUCACUCAGCCUCUCCUGUAAGUGAACCUGAAGGGAAGAGGCAGCAAGCCAGUUGUGACUCUGAGCCAAGGUCUUGUGAAUCUCCUGCUAGGGAAUUCGGGUGUUCAGAAAACAAACAGCCCUUUCUCAUUGCCUCAGACCCCCUGGUCGUGUCUUCUGUGACGCCUCAGCCAUUCCACCUCUCCAGCGAAAGUUCAACAUUUCCUCCAGACCCAGAGAAGUUGCUGCUGCCAGCAAAGCAUCAGAGGUCAAGGUUCAAAGAGGCAAGCACAAUGACCAACCAAGCUGAAAGCGAGAUCAAGGACACUACCAACAGGACUUGGCAAGAUGCGGAGGUGCAGGCAGUGGCAAGUGUCAAGAGCAGAUCAGUCUCCACCAGCCCCAGCAUCCUUGCUGCAUUCUUAAAAGAAAACCCUACUCCUAAGCGUUUUGAACAAGAGCAGCUGCGUGUCAUCUGCCAUGGCAGUGGCAGCGGGAGCCACACAUUGGAGCUGUCUGACAGCAUACUAGCCCCCCAGGAGGUGAGUCAGAGCUGUGGCAUUGUGCCAGAGGUACACAUCCAGGCAGCUGCAGCUGGUUCCACAGCUUUGCAAAGGGAAAGUAAAUUGAUGAGCUUACCAGACAAGGUCCUUCAAGCCUCACCAAUCAGUGUGGCAUCCAAUAAUGCUCAAGAUACAAGUAAAGUAGAUGGGAAGUCAGCAGGAAUGACUCCAGAGAGGAAAGAUCCAAUCUCUAAACAACUUUCAGGUACUAAUUCUAGCUCCCUGAAAGCUAGCCCUAUCAACCAGAUUUCUAUCUGUACAGGUAGUCAAGAUGAAAUAAGUCAUGGAUUGCAGAAAUCUGAAGCCAAGCCAUCUGAGUUUACUGUGAAAACCAUCAAUGACCCCCAAGCAGAUGCAGAUUGUAAACUACCCAACUCCUGUGUCCCAGCCAGCAAAGCUGAGCAGCCUGAGAGCUUGGAUCCUGCUGAGAAAGGAGGUGCAGGGGAGCGAAAACCUUCGUCUCCUCAGACAGUAAAACAACCAGAGUCUGCUGGCACUGAUACCCUGGGUGAAAAGGAAAAGGCAGAGGCCAAAACCCUACUGCUCAAUCCCAAACCUCAAGAAAAUGGAGACACAGGAUCAGCUGCUAAUCCCACUCCCUCCUCCCUGAGAAAGAGCCAGGAGAGCGCCUUAGAAGAAAAUAAACAAACCAAGGCAGCCACAAGCCUGAGUCUGCCUUCUGAUUCCAUGGGAGACUCCAGCCCAGGUUCUGGCAAGAGGACCCCUUCUCGCUCCGUCAAAGCCAGCCCCCGCCGGGCCAGCCGUGUCAGUGAGUUCCUCAAAGAGCAAAAGUUAAACGUGACAGCAGCUGCUGCUCAGGUAGGACUCACCCCAGGAGAGAAGAAAAAGCAGCUUGGCGCCGACUCCAAGCUCCAGUUGAAACAGUCCAAACGUGUCCGAGAUGUGGUGUGGGAUGAGCAGGGCAUGACCUGGGAGGUGUAUGGUGCUUCCUUGGACCCGGAGUCCUUGGGUAUCGCGAUCCAGAACCACUUACAAAGGCAAAUCAGGGAACAUGAGAAAUUAAUCAAAGCACAAAGCAGCCAGUCCCGGAGAUCCAUUUCCUCAGACACUUCUUCAAAUAAAAAGCUCAAAGGAAGGCAGCACAGCGUUUUCCAGUCCAUGCUGCAGAACUUUCGACGCCCCAACUGCUGCGUUCGCCCUGCCCCUUCAUCUGUGUUAGAUUGAAAGGGAAGGCACAUGGGAGCCCAUGUAUACAUUUAGGGUAUUCAUAAGUGUUGAUCUGCUUGAAAGCUUACUUAUAUUGUUUUUCUGAGCGACCUGAAAGAGGAAGAACCUAUGAAUAGAAAACAAGUAUUAAAUACAGGAAAUUGCUAUUAAGAAAUUUACGUCCCUUCGUCUGGGACCCCAUAAAUCAAAAUGUCAUUUGAAUUUGAAAGAAAGAGAGAAGAGAAGCAAGUUUCACUGGCUGUUUACAGACUUAAUUAUGUGGAAAUAAUAUUCACUGGGUUUUUGGGUUUUUUUAAUAUGAUACUGCUUAUAGAAAUAGCAUUAUCAUACAUGCGUCAUUUUGUAUUACUGCCUCAAUUCAUCACACUAUGGUAUUUCCAUUAAAAUCCUUGCUUUAUAUUAGAAAUAGCAACAACACUAUUAGCAAAACACUGUUAAAAUUUCUAGUCCUAUUGCAAUAAGGGAGCCCUGGUGGCACAGUGGUUAACUGAAAAGUCAGCAGUUCAAGCCCACCAGCAGCUCCGAGGGAGAAAGAUGUGGCAGUCUGUUUCUGGAAAGAUUACAGCCUUGGAAACUCUAUGGGGCAGUUCUGCUCUGUCCUAUAGGGUCACCAUGAGUCGAAUCAACUGGCUGGCAAUGGGUUUGGUGUUUUUUUGUUGUUGAUGUUGUUGGCUUUUUCUUUUUUUCUGUUUUUGCUUUAUUACAAUAAGAAUGUUAUUACUGCACAAAAUUCAAGUAGACAAUAAGGAUAAAAUGUAAAAAAUCAAAACAAAUUUGACUCAUUUCUGGGUGAAAUGACAUUAAAUAAAAGCAUUUAGAUGAAUAAAAUGCCAAAUAUCAAUUAAUAAUUUGUAAACCUGCAGAUAACCCUUUUUACAAACCUUAUUAUAAUAAAAACCAACCAAACCCACAGUUGUCAAUUCCAACUCAUAAAGACCUUGUUAUAUCCAUUAACAAAUACAAGAAAGCUAUAUUAUAAAAAUUAGCUAAGCUUUUGAAUAUGAAUACCACCUCUAUAAAACACAGAUUUAUAGAUACAGAUCUUUCUCCAUUUAAGGCAAGGUGCAUCUCUGUGAUUUUGACUUGUUUUUUUAUUACUCUAUAGGAAGCGCAUGGGACUGAAUUUUUGAAAAGAGUGAUCAAGUUGGUGAGAAUACUAAUUUUUAUGUUAUAUGAUUAUUUUCCAGUAACAUUCUAUUGAGAAUGUUAAGGUUCUGGUAAGGAAUUAUAAAUAGGCAACUACCAAACACUCUCUCUUCUGUAUUAAAAAAAAAAAAAAAAAAAAA